UGUGGCAAAGAGACGGAGAUCAAACUGGUGUAUUCGACAGGAGCGAAGCGAAACUACGACUCCGAGCCGUGGCAUAUUUUCCUCACCCUAUUGCACCGCAAUUAUGGUGACAGUCUCUGUAAGAAUCUCAGUGAUGCGGAACGAACUGCAGAAGUUGAUAACUGUAAAAACGCCGUGGAAGACAGGAAAAGAAAACGACGUGCUUCAGUGAGUAACGAUACUGGCCAUGUACAGAGCGCUGUGAACGAGUCGUCAACGAAUACUGAAAAAGCUGCAGAAAACGCAGCCCCUUCUAUGAUCGAGGCCGAGAAUAAAGCAUUCCUGCAGCAGCUGCAGAUUUAUUACUUUUCGAAAAUGACUCUGGACAGUUCAUUGUUUUGGUUGAUCAAGAAAGGUGGCUCAUUUCAUAGUACAAAUAGAUGUAUUGGUGCCACGGCCAGACCAGCAUUGGUACCUCAAAGAACAAAAAAUGCUCGCCAGGCUGCAAAUGUUCUUCAGUCUCAGCCUCCUUUCACCACAGAAUUAGAACCAGCAGUACCAGAACCAUCCAGGUUUAGCCCGCAGAACGUAAUCAGUGAAUCAAGCAGAGGCGAAAGCACACACUCGCUUACUUCUCUGAGUAAUGUAGAGUUCGGUUCGGGCACCAGCAACAUUAUGUCGCCAUCGAAGGAGAGCACACUUCCGGAUGAUGUACGAAGUUCGAUGGAGAUGAUGUUGCAGCAGAACAGUGUCGAAUUUUGCCGCAAUUUUGCUGAUCUUGCCAAAAGGCUCAAUGUUGACAACGAUGUGGAAAUGCGCUCCACAUCUCUGUGA